AAGAAAUUAACCUCUAUUGGAUAAAAGACGAUUUAUACUACGAGUGCAGCGACUGUAACGCUUGCUACGGAUUUUAUAAAAACUGAAAAGAUAUUCUAUGCUCAAUGAGUCAAAUAUGUUUUUGUAAUGUGGCAGGCGAUUGACAGUUUUGACUGUCAGAAGAACGGAAAUUUCGUACGACUUUAAUCAACGAUGAGUGAUUAUAAGAUACCGAUAAUCGAACCAACCAUAGAUUAUUCAAAGGUACCACCAAUCAACCAAAAGCGGACGGUCUCUUUUAUAAAUCAUUUUAUUACCCAUACUGUUACGUUCCUAAAUAAAUUCGCCUUGUCCUGCGAGGAGAGACUGUUUGAGUUCGAAAAUAAGUUGCAAAAGUUAGAAGCGUCGUUAGAAAUACUAGAAUCGCGGUUAUCUUCUAUACCUGGUUUAGAACAAGAACAUCAUAAAGAACCAGACAAUGUUAGUGAAAACAAUACAAGUAAAUUAGAUGAGGUAGAAAUACGCAAAGUGGAUGAGCCUGACAAUAGUGAAACAAGGCCUAAAGAUGAAGAGGAAGAAGUACAAUCUGCAGCUAAAGAUCCUCGGUAUGAAAAAUACUUCAAAAUGUUACACUUUGGUGUACCGAAACAAGCAGUUAAAUUAAAAAUGGAACAGGAAGGACUGGAUGCAUCCGUAUUAGACAAUCCACAACAGAUAGUUUCUGUACCACAAUCAUCAGAUAACGGUGAGAAUCAAGGUGAAUAGGUAUUAAGAUAUUAAAUGCUAUUUAUUUAGGCAUGCUUAACAUUUUCACAUUAUAAAAACAGGGAUUAUUAAAAUAAACAUGUGUAUAAAUCCAAAUA